CUCAUCCUAUUCCUAAGUCUUGUUGACUUGUUCAAAUGCGCAUUUCCUUGUGAUCUUCUAAGAUCAGGCAGAGUAAAAGACCCUAUAAGCUAAAUGUUGCUCCGCCAUUGUUGGCGUUCCAUCGCCCCCGACAUUCAUUCAUUCAAUACUAGCAAUUCAGUGCCUGUGUCGAGCAUAUCAAACAGAUCCACUCCACAAUCAUAGCUACCGGUUCUUCCAGCUCGGGCUUCUUGGUUGCCCGGCUCAUUUCCUCUUAUUCCCACUUUGGGCUUAUCAAUGUGGCACGUGAAGUAUUUGAAACCUCCCCAGUUGAGUGCUUUUCAAAUAUGCUUGUUUGGAACUCGAUAUUGAGGGCAAACGUUAGCCGCGGGGAAUGCUUAGAAGCCAUAAAUAUAUAUGCCAAAAUGCGUGGUUUAGGGGUUAGGCCCGACUCCUUUGGGUUUCCAUUGAUUGUGAGGGCAUCUGUGUUACUGGAUGAUCAUAGUCUGUGCAAGCUUGUUCAUUGCCACAUAAUACAAAUGGGUUUUGAGAACCACCUUCAUACUGCAAAUGAAUUGUUAAACAUGUACGGAAAGAUUGGGAGAAUGGAUAGUGCACGUGCAUUGUUUGAUAGAAUGUAUGCAAGAACCCAACUUUCUUGGAAUACUAUCGUUUCAGGGUAUUCCCGUAAUUUUGACUGCAACAGUGCACUUCAGAUGUUUUUGCGGAUGCAAUGGGAAGGGUGGCAGCCGAAUGCAGUAACCUGGACAUCAUUGUUGUCGAGUUUCUCUAAAUGCAGGCGUCAUGAAGAUGUAUGGCAGUGGUACAUCCAAAUGAGAAGGAUAGGAGUUGAUAUUACAGCUGAAGCACUUUCUGUUGUUAUAUCAGACUUUGCUAACACGAACACAAUUGACAGGCUGGGCAAAACGGUACAAGUAUAUGCCAUAAAAGGUGGUUUUGACAACCAUUCAAUCGUGACGAAUUCUCUAAUAAAUUUUUAUGGGAAAAAUGGUGAUGUCAAAGCAGCUGAGUGUCUAUUCUCUGGUCUGCAUUCUAAGAGCAUAGUCAGCUGGAAUUCUUUAUUGUCUUCUUAUGCCGAAUCUGGUUUAUGUGACGAGGCAUUUUCCGCAUUUUCUCAAUUAGAAAAGUCGGGGGAGCAUUCCCCGGUCAGACCUAAUGUCGUAAGUUGGAGCAUAGUUAUUGGGGCAUUUGCUGCCAAGGGACGACAUGAGGAAUCCUUAGAAUUAUUCAGGAGAAUGCAGUUUUCUGGAGUGCUGGCCAAUGGUAUUACCAUUUCAAGUGUUCUAUCAGUUUGCGCUGACAUAUCCGGGCUGUGCCUUGGCAGAGAAAUCCAUGGUUUUGUCAUUAAGGUCCCGAAAAAAGACGUAAAUAUAUUGGUACAAAACGGACUGGUUAACAUGUAUAUGAAAUGUGGCAGUUUGAAGGAUGGGAACACAGUGUUUGACAGAAUGGAAAAGAAAGAUCUAUUCUCAUGGAACAUUUUAAUUUCUGGGUACGGAAUGCACGGUCAAUGCGAACUUGCUCUUGAAACCUUUGAUCGGAUGAUCAAGGCUGGUUUUAAACCGGACAAGGUUUCUAUGGUGGCAGUUCUUUCAGCAUGUGGUCACGCAGGGGCAGUAAGCCAAGGCCAUGAAAUCUUCAACCAAAUGAGGACAAGGUUUGGGAUUGAGCCAGAGGUGGAGCAUUAUGCCUGUGUGGUGGAUCUGCUGGGCCGUGCUGGGUUGCUCCAAGAGGCUAAUGACAUGGUGCAAGAGAUGCCGGUGAAACCCAAUGCCUGUGUUUGGGGUGCGCUGUUGAACGCCGGCAGGAUGCAUAAACACGCGCAGGUUGCAGAAAUGGCCGCUGCGCAGCUUCUGAGUCUUGAUUCUGAGACGACUGGGAGCUUCAUGUUGAUCUGCAACUUGUAUGCUGGCUGCAGCAGAUGGGGUGACUCUGCAAAUGCCCGACUUUCAGCGAAAACAAGGGGGUUUAAGAAAUCUCCAGGGCAAAGUUGGGUCGAGGUGAAGAAGAAAGUGUAUGUGUUCUCAUCUGGGAAAUCGAUGCAAACGGAGAUGGAAGAAGAAAUGCAUUGGAUGCUUCAUGUUUUGAUGUAUGAUAUGGGAAAAGUGGAUUACAUGCUCCAAAUGCACUUAGCUUCACAAGAUGUGGAGGAACAAUUGUGAACUACGACAACCCGAAAUAAUCUCAACUCCGUUCG